AUGCCGCUUCAGAACUUUCAACCCUUUAUCUAUCUGCUUGACCAUUUCCCAACGACAGUGAAAGAUUUAGAACACCGACAUGCCGCCACUCAACUGAGAACAAACUCUAAACCAAUCGAAAUCAUAAUGUUAUCAUCGUCGACAUUAGUUCGAUCGAGUGACUUCCCGGCAUUUAUACAACACAAACCGACGAUUCGAUGGAAAUUCCUAAAAGAAUAUGGAGUAUGGGGCGUUAAAUUUCACUCCUUCAACUUACCCUAUACCAAUGGAUGCACCACAGAUUAUAUCUACAUUCGGGAUUUAGCACGCGAAAACCAUAAAGUUAUUCACUGUGGAGAAACAACCCCCGAGGAAUUCAUUUCUCAUGGAUCCCAAAUUGAAGUAGAGUUUCACUCGGACUUUGCCAAAAAUAGACCCCAGUUUGAUUUCCGGGUCGAGCACGGUGAUGAUGAAGACGAUGUGAGGAAGCAGUUCUCCAAAGAACAAGUGGAACAAAAACCUCUUGUUAUUGAGGUACCACUCCAGAUCAGCACCGAGGAAAAGGCGGCCAUCAUCUCGUUGUCGGUAAUCUUGCCGAUUGCGCUGGUCAUUGUUGGUUUACUGGCAAUCGCACUUGCAAAACACAUGAACGGGGCAAAGAAAGAAAAACGCCAAGAAUUGCCAACCCACUGCCCUAAAUCACAAAAAUAUGCUCAGUCUAAGCAAUCUAAUGAAGAAAACUCAACGGUUGUAGAUUUCUUUUUGGAUAACGACAAAUUGACCGUGAAGCCGGGCAAAGUUCGACUCCAAGAGAAGAGAACGGAUAAAACGAUGAGUAAUUUUUAUGCCGACAUGCCAGCUUCCUUGGAAAUUUGCACAACUGUCGCCAGUCAUGAUGUCAAGCCUCCACCGCCCAAAUUUGACGAUAAACUCAUUGGUUUUGGAAGUCUCAUGUGA